AUGCACACACACACACACACACAUACACACAGACGGGGUGCCAGGGCCCUCGCAGGCCUCCCUGCAGCCGGGCCCCCGCUUCCUCCACAGCCUGCCCGCCUCCGCCCGGCCGUCCUCCCUCCCUCCCUCCCUCGGCCCGGCGCUCACGGCCUGCCCUGCGUGCGGGUGACGGGCGACGGGCUGACGCACAGCCGCGCCCCGCCCCGCCCCGCCGCCGCCGCCGACCCGCGGGCUGCCAGGGCCGCUAACGGUCCCGCGCCGGAGCCCCCGCUCGGCUCCCGGCUCGGCCCGGCCCGGCCCGGCCCGGCGGGAAGGACGGGCGGACGGGCGGACGGGGCGAUGGGGGCGGCGGCGCCGCUGCGCUCCGAGCUGUGGGUGCGGCAGCAGCGCUGCGCCGUGAGCCUGGACCCCGCGCGGGCGCUGCUGAGCUGGUGGCGGAGCCCGGGGCCCGGGGCCGGGGCCGGCAAGCCCGGCGCGGAUGCCUGCUGUGUGCCCGUGUCGGAGAUCAUCGCUGUGGAAGAGGCGGAUGGGGCGCCCCACGUGGGUGGGAAGUGGCAGAAGAUGGAGAAGCCUUAUGCCUUCACAGUGCACUGUGUGAAGCGGCGUCGACGGCACCGCUGGAAGUGGGCACAGGUGACCUUCAGCUGCACCGAGGAGCCGCUGUGCCAGCUCUGGCUGCAGACGCUGAGGGACCAGCUGGGGAAGCUGACCUGCAGACCAAAACAUCUACUGGUCUUCAUCAACCCUUUUGGGGGGAAGGGGAAGGGCAAGAAGCUUUACGAGAGGAAGGUGGCACCCCUCUUCCUGUUGGCCUCCAUCAGCACAGACGUCAUCGUUACGGACCAACCCAAUCAAGCCCGAGACAAGCUGUAUGAGGCCAAUCUGGAGAAGUUUGAUGGGCUCGUGUGUGUUGGCGGGGACGGCAUGUUCAGCGAGCUCCUGCACGGCCUCAUCGGGAGGACGCAGAGGGACGCGGGCGUGGACCAGAACAACCCCCGAGCAGCGCUGGUGCCCAGCCCAAUGCGCAUUGGCAUCAUUCCGGCAGGGUCCACCGACUGCGUGUGCUUCUCCACAGUGGGCGUCAACGAUGCGGAAACGUCGGCCCUGCACAUCAUUGUGGGGGACUCGCUGCCCAUGGACGUGUCCUCGGUGCAUCACAGCCGCACACUUCUGCGCUACUCCGUGUCACUGCUGGGUUAUGGCUUCUACGGGGACGUAGUCAAGGACAGUGAGAAGAAACGCUGGAUGGGCCCCGUCAGAUAUGAGUUUUCAGGAGUCAAGACCUUUUUCACGCAUCACUGUUACGAGGGCACCGUGGCUUUCCUGCCGGCUCAGCACACCGUGGGGUCUCCGAGGGCUGGGAAGCCCUGCCGGGCCGGGUGCUUCGUCUGCCGGCAGAGCAAACAGCAGCUGGAGGAGGAACAGAAGAAGGCGCUGUACGGCCUGGAGAACGCGGAAGACAUGGAAGAGUGGAAGGUAGUCUGUGGCAAGUUCCUGGCCAUCAACGCCACCAACAUGUCCUGUGCUUGUCCCCGGAGCCCUCGGGGCCUGUCCCCGGCCGCCCACCUGGGGGACGGCUCUUCAGACCUGAUCCUCAUCCGCAAGUGCUCCCGGCUCAACUUCCUCAGGUUUCUCAUCAGACUCACCAACCAGUCAGACCAGUUUGACUUCACUUUUGUGGAAGUUCAUCGUGUGAAGAGGUUCCAGUUCACAUCCAAGGCUGUGGAGGACCAGGAGGACGCCGAGGUCCGGGAGGACCGGACGGGUCUGGGGCGUAUCUGCAGCGACCAGCCCUCGGCCUGCAGCGCGACGCCCCCUGGAUCCUGGAACUGUGAUGGGGAGGUGAUGAGCAGCCCCCAGCUGGAAGUCAGGGUCCACUGUCAGCUGGUGCAUCUCUUCGCUAGAGGGAUCGAAGAGGACGAGAAACCGGGCUACGACAGCUGAGCCCCCAACGGGCUGGACCCUGGACUCUGGGACCCCGAGACCCCCAACCGUCCUGCUGCGGGUCCUUCCCAUGUAGAAGUUUAUUUUUGAUAGUUUCCUCUUGGCUUUAGAGAAGUCAGGUCCCGGGGCUCAGGGAUCCCAGCUCUGCCCCUGCUCUGCACCGCCCUCCUGCGGCCCCAGGUGGGUC